AUGGAAGGCUUCGGCAGCGUCCCUCUGACGCUUUUCCAGCACGCAGUGUUGCCUGAGUUAGCUUUGCUUGUGGGUCACACGACUGUAGCACUUAAAUCCGUCAGUUCGUGGGUGGACCACACGGAUUUGACGCCGUCUAUCACGAUUGGACGGCCAGUGAUGAAGAUCUUGGUGUAUUCGACUGAAUGUCUCCUCCACAGUGCGGCGGAAACCCCAACAAACUUCGAUUUGAGCGAGCUCUCUGUCUUAGACAACGAUACAUCGGCCAUUUGUUGCGCUCUGAAGGCAAGGAAGGCUCAGCUCGAUGCUGAAGGUGAUAUGGAUGCCGACAGUGAUGACGAUGACUGCAUGGGGCAGUCGGUCAGUGGCGUAUUGAGAGCCAACGUGGUCGAGGCAAUCGCCAAUGGCUUGUCUAGAAAGGGUGGCGCACGUUUGGUCACGAUUUUGGACAGCUCGACGCACAAAUCGCUCGCGACGGUGUUUACUGCCUCGGAUUGUUGCCAAAAAGGAUGGCUCUACGCGUAUGACCGUGGACACACGCGGCCCCAAUUCGCAAACCGUACUGAUGCACUGGUCUAUGCCAUUCUCGAAGUUGUGAUGGCUCGUUUGGCCGGGACGAAGUGUUUCAUUGCCCUGGAUUGGUUCAAGGGCUAUUGGCAGCUCGCUAUGGAGGCCUCCAGUCGAGAGGCAUACACAAUCAUGGGGUUUGACGAAAUGGUGGAGUCCAAUCGUGUGUUGAUGGGACAGCCUGGCGCCGUGGCGUUCUGCCAGUCGGUUGCACAGACGAUCUAUGGAGAUCGUUAUGGCAAAGGGAUCGAGGCGUGGCUCGGUGAUGUGUUAGGUAGUGUAGCAGCGGAGCCUGAGCUCCCAGACCUCUUGGAGUGGCUCCUGCAGCGGGCGCAGACGUUUGGCCUCAAAUUCAACCCAUUAAAGCAGAGCACAGCUGAUGCGGCUGUUUGGUGUGAAGACGAGGCCCAGAACGGAUCUCGUGUGAAGCGGUUGGUGGUGCAACAAGAAUGGCCGCGAGAGCUGGCCAAGAUGAAAGAGAAGUUGGUCUUUGAAGACGACGUUGGUCGUGUCGACGGCAAGAUCUGGAUUCCGACUGGAGCCUUAGAUCUGCAGCUCUCACUGUUGGUGAUCUCACACGCGGACACGAUGGGUCAUCGGGGUGGCCAUGCGACAGCAAGAGCCCUAAGUGACAUUUUUGUGUGGCGUGGGCUCGAACAAGACUGCAAGACGUUUGUAGCAAACUGUCUGCAGAGUCUCAGUGUCGGAGGCGAAGAAGUGCCGAGACCUGUCGGCAAAACUUUGCAUGCGGUGGAGCCCAACCAGCUCAUUCACUGCGAUUUUAUGGCCUUAGAAGGCGGCUACGUUCACGGCAUUGUGGACGAUGCAUCAACAUUCUGUCAGUUGACGUGGCACGAUGCCAAGGACGCCACAAUCACGCAAGACCUGCUUGACCACAUUACGUACGUGGAUGGUGGUCAUGAGAUCGAGGCACUGGUCGACUGCAAGUUCGAUCGGAAUUUGAAGCAGUGGAUGCUUCUAGUAAAAUGGCGAGGUCUCGACGAGCUCGAAAAGACUUGGGAGCCUGUGACGUCUUCGUUGGAGACGUGCCUUAUGCUGUGCGCACUACGUUGCUGA